AUGCUGAAGCGCUGUACAGUGAGCGUAUCACUGUUCUUCUUCUACCGGGUGUCUCCACGCCUGCCCCAGGAGCUCCACGCCGCGGCCCUGCUCCUGAAGCAGCGGUUCCCGGCGCUGCUGGUGGAGGCCAGCGGGGGGGUCUCCCCGGAGAACCUGCCGCAGUACUUCGGCCCCCACGUGGACAUCAUCUCCCUGGGCUGCGUCACCCAGGGGUGCCCCGUGGUGGACUUCUCCCUCAAGGUGCAGAAGCCCUCGUGUGCCCCCAGAGGACCGGCCCGGGGUGCUGUAGCAGCAGCCGACCGGGGACUGCCCUGA